AUUAAGGUGAAUGAGACUUGUGAUUAAUAUAAUUUUAUCCGUCUUCGAUGUUUUCGAAUAAAAUCACUGUUGAACAAAUGAAUAUUUAGAGGUUUGUGAAAAUUUAUUGAUUUCCAGAUUGAUAUACAACGGAACACCAUACCUUCCCAUUUCGAUCUGAAGAUCCUUGGUUCAGCCACUGACAUAACUACUAUGGAUAUGCACUGAUGAGGAAUCCUAUACUGGGACGAAACAAUUAUCCAAUACUUCUCCACAUUAUGUCAAUCCAUAAUGAUUAUCAACCUGAGUUUUAAAUUUGAUCAGUUACUGGGGAGUCCUACAUUUUCACUAAAUUUGAUUCGGUGGACAUAAAUUUGGGAGUAUCAAAAAUAUCUUGCGGUAGAUGUAGCUAAUUGCCAACUGCAUGAAUGUGAAUGGGAUUGCUGAGACUACUUCGAUUUCCAUAGAUGAUCUUGGCCACUAUGUUCUCUUCAAGUUUCUUUAUCUCAAAACUAAUAUCAAUGGGGAAAAACCAUCCAAAAAGAAACAAGGAAGCAUUGUCCAGAUAAACCCAUCAUAUCAGAACCCUAUUCUAUCGAUUUCUUUGGGAACGGAACUGAAGUGAAUGCAUGAAAGCCUGAGUUUCUAUUUCGUGAGCAGAUGAGUGUGAAAAGCGCCAGAAGAAUACUGCAUUAGGCCAAAAUAGUUGUCCAAUAGCCUCUAGUUUACUAUACUUCUUCACAGAAUAUCACUCUUUGCGACAGUUACCUCCUAAUUGGGUAGUAAACUGCCACCAGUUCAUCAAUAAUACCAACUGAAGAAAGCAGAUCUGCUGAGUGUAUGAAUGGAAACUCCAGAUAAGGUACAAGCAUGAUAAACAACUGUUCAUCCGUAUCCCGAUCGGACACACCUACUAUGGAAUAAACAGUUUCUUGGAAAAUCAUAUCACUACGAGGCUACAAUUACCAUGUGGAAUUUCUGGAAACUAAUACACAAUAGAUCUUAUGGGUAGGGAUUCUGACUGGCUACUUCUUUGCAUUUAUGCUUCCUAUCACCUGAAGAUAAAUUGGAAGUGCACCUGAACAACAUUUACGAAAUGUUCCAAUGUAAAUCAUUGUAAGGUUGUCUUCUAGGCGCAUACGCUCUACUACCAUCUGUUCCAAUCGUAAAACUUAUUCAAAAAUGUCGAGGGCGACCUUGGUAAAUUCCACAGGAAUAGCAGUUUUAAGGCCGUUUAGAGAAAAAAGUUGUUACAGCGAGAAUUAUUCAUCCUUGAUAAUUAAAUAUCAUUUGUCAAGACGUACUAUAAGACGUUCCAACUACAAUAUCCUUAAUGAAAUCUCCAACUUGACGUCAUCUUUUUUUAGUCAACUCAGUGCCUAGUGACUGGAAUCCAAGAUGCAUGUUUCGUCCUGCUUGGGACUCGUCAACUGGAUUGGAAUUGCCGGCUUCCUUCUCUAGAACUAGUAUGACAGUUUAGGGUCCACAUAAAUACAAACUGAUUGCCGAAAAUUACAGUAGACACGUUUGUUGCAUCGAUAAUACAACCGAAGGUAUUCAAAAAAUCAUUAUUUCCUGGCAAUAGGAAAAAGACCGGUUAUCACCAAAGCACUACUAAACCUGUCCUACAGCAAAUCUCAAAAAAGUAAUGUGUCAGGCUUACAAUUAGAACGAAAGAAUUGAGCAAUUGACCAGAACAACAGUCUAAAGAAAAUUGUUAUGCCAGACUACAGAUACUUUAUUUGUGACUGACUGUAUACAGGAUAGGGUUAUUGCGCAGAUACAUUUUUCUACAGCUGAGUAAUAUUUCUGCCUAUUCACCUAGGUAGACAUAUCGAUAAGAUUCAGCCAAUUACAUUUGCCCACUCAAGGUUGUCCAUGUGCAUUUGAUUCGCUUUAGAUGCUAACUUCACCAAUAGCCAAUAAAAUUGAGAUUCAUACAACCUUGUCCUACGAUUCGCCUGGCAAGCUGAUUGCUAGACCAAAUAUUAAAUAUGGUUCAUUGUUCAUCAAUAUUGAUCACCUGUAUCCACACCGAUGCCGGAUGUCUCUACCGUUAUCAAAUCACUAUUAUUAAAAGGUGGAACAAUUAUAAACCAUGAUGCAUCUCUCAAAGCGGAUGUACUGAUCCAAAAUGGAGUUAUCCAGGCUAUUGGCGAAGACCUUACUUGCCCCGAGGGUACCAGAGUUAUCAAUGUAAAUGAUAAACUGCUGUUGCCUGGUGGAGUUGACUUGGAUUGUCAUAUUGGUGUAGCAAAUUCAGAUGAUCCUCUUGCUGAUAACUAUUCUUCCGCUGGAAAAGCAGCUCUUCUUGGUGGUACAACUACAGUGGUGAACACAGUUAAUGCCUUUCCUGAUGGUUCAUUAGUAACUGCUUAUGACCGAUUUGUAUCGUCAAUUCAAGGAAAUAUAGGUUGUGACUAUAGUGUUUGUGUUCGGUUGACUUAUUUCUCACCGGAAAUUGAAAAACAACUUAUUACUUUAGUUCAAGAUAAAGGAGUGGUACUAUUUUCUAUCCGUUUAGGUUCAACAUUUCUAUCUAUCAAAGAUGAUGAACAAUGCAUUAACGAAGAGGAAUUUUAUUGCUUUUUAAAAGUGUGUCGACAGUUAGGUGUGUUACCAAUGCUUGAGGCGGCUACUUCAAUCUCACUAUCUCAUAAACUAUCAUGUGAUUUGCAGAAAAAUUGUCCAAAUAUAGGUCCAGAAGUGCAUUUCAUGAGUUCUCCAGAGGAGUCUGAAGCAAAUACAGUGUUGCAAGGUUCAUUGUUUUCACAAUAUGCAGGAUUUUGUUGUCCACUUUUAAUUUCUAGAAUCCACAGUGAAGCAGCUUUAAAUCAUUUCAUUGAACAACGCCGAAUGUGUAGAGGUUUGCUAUUCGGACAAACCAGUGUAUCUGCAAUAGUUGCUCCACUUUCUUUGAGGAGUUCCAAUGACUAUUCGAAAGAUGUGUUUACUCAAUCGAAGGAUUGGGCUACUGCAGCUAGUUAUGUGAGCUGUCCACCUUUACGACCGAACGUUCAUUUAAGUGAAAGAUUGCUAACUCAUCUCAUCUCUGAGGACUUAGCAUGUGUUGGUUCAGGUCAUCGAGCUAUAACUACUGCAGUGCGUGCAGCUUUCGGCUUAAAGAACGCUCUACACAUACCUCGAGGUAUUGCAGCUUUAGGUUGUAGAAUGAUCUUUCUAUGGCAGUAUGGAGUGGAGAGUGGAUCCUUAGAUCCUUUCACAUUUGUCAAAGUGACCAGUACUAAUCCUGCUCGACUGAUGAAUCUUUAUCCUCGGAAAGGCAGAAUUCAAGUUGGUUCCGAUGCUGAUAUAAUUAUUUGGUCGAAAUCCUUUAAACAUGAAAAUCUUAAAUACAUUUUCCCUAACAAUGUAACCAAUAUAUUUUCUGAUGCUGUGAACAUUUGUCAAUCAGGUCCAGAAAUGGUGAUACUGCAUGGUCAUAUUGUGGUUGAAAAUAAUGAACUUCUAGAUGAUAUUUGUUGUGGAAACUUGGUAACCUCUCAACCAUUUUCUCAUUAUGUAUACGGUCGUGUGAAUGCUGUUGAAGAAAAUGUAAACUCCGAAUUCAUGCCGCUACCACGUGAACCCUAUGUAGAAGAUGUGAUCAUGAAUGCUUCUGAGAGCGCUUCGUCUAAUGAUCAGCCUAAAGAAGGUUAUUAUUUUCGAAAGGAGUAUUAUGAUAAUAUGCCUAAAGUGGCUUUACCACCCGGUCAGAGGAUAGUACACACAUCAGUGAAGACAGCUCAACCUCCUGGUGGUUUAUCCAAUCCCUUUUGGUUGAAUGAAUAAAAAUAACUUUGGUUUUUCUUUCUGUUUUCUUGUUGUUGUCGUUGUUAUUGUUGACUUCCUCACUUUCUCUGCACUCUAAAGUGUUGCAUCAUUCGAUUUUAGGUAUCUUCCAACUUUCAGUACUCAUCAGUCUGGCUAACUAACUUUCUAUAACUUGCUGAAUAUACUCACAUUACUUUUUUCUUCGGUCAAAACAACGAUCGGUAUGUGUUUCAUUACUUUACAAUAUUACCAAAAUUAAUCACAAAGUAAACCGUUUUUUUUCUUGA